GCCAACAACUACUGAUUCCGUAAUACCUUUCACAUCCAACCACCCGUACAGUCAAAAAUUCUCUUCAUUUCAUUCCAUGUUCCAUAGAUUGUUCAACAUCCCUCUUAGUCCCUCCAAUUUUCAAAAGGAAUUGUCAAUUAUAAGACAGAUUGCAGAAGGAAAUGGUUACCCUGAGCGCGCAAUUGAGAGAAUAUACCGAAGACACAUGAACAGGCAGCUGAAUAAGUCUCUCACAGAUGGAAUUCAACAGAAGACCUAUAGAAGCUUGAGGUUUUUUGGACAGAUAUCAGUAAGCAUCGCAAAACUGUUUAGUGCUCACACAGAGAAUACUCUGAUUACCUUCAAGACGGUUAAUACCCUGGCUAAACAUCUAAUCAACACUAAAGAUAAAAUACCCAUCACACAAAGGUCUGGAGUUUACCAACUUUUUUGCUCCCAACCCCAAUGCAAUGUCACUUACGUAGGUCAAAGUGGGAGGAGAAUAGAAACAAGGGUUGGUGAACAUCUGAAACAUAUAGAGAAAAACAGAGAUAAAGAUAUCGUCAACACCCCAUCACAGUUCGCCAACCACAUCUUAGAGUCAGGCCACACUUUCGAUCCAAGAACUGGUGUCAAAGUUUUGCAUGUUUGUGAGAAGGGUCUUCAAUUGGAUCUUCUGGAGAUCUUGGAAAUCAACAGAGCGUUGAGGUCUCAAGAAUAUAACUGCGUCAAUGAGCAGAUUAACUUUGACUGUUCAACUUUUUUCAAUUCUAUACGAGAGCACCUGAUGAUGGCAAGUUACCUUGCCGAAAUGCAUAGUGCAUAAUUUAAAUAUAUAGUGGAGUAGACCAUUUGUUUGUUUGUAACCAUUAUUAAAAACUCCACCGAUGGACUAUUACCAGAUUUUAAGAAAUGCCAGUCGAGCAUACUUAGUCCGCCAGUUUCGUAAGUUUUCCGUCAGAAGACGAAUAUUGCACCAGAAUAUUUGGUUCAACCACCGAUGCUUGGACAUGAAUCUGACACCAAAGUACGUCACCUUGAAUUGUAAAUCUAGCUCACGCAGCGCCCGUAGAGCUGUCUCAUUGGCGACAAAGUUAUGGAUUCAACAUGAAAUAAGAAGACACUACUCAACCUUGGCUUCCUUAGAACAAAAGCUGAAGUUUCUCUACUUUGAGUUGGCGAAGAGACUGCAUAAUGCUGAAUUUUCAUGUUUAUUUAAGCACAUUGAUGAGCACGUUUCGAGAAAGGGUAGAGUUCACAAGAGGUCCUUAAAUUUGA